AUGCCGAACACUGCCUCCACACUUUCCCCGCCCCUCUGCGAGUUUGCCAACGUCACCUUUCCGUCGGCUAUCGCUGACGGCGCGUACCGCGUGAGCGUCAAGACGAACAAGCCGCAAACCAACGCGGUCAUCUGGCUCGAGUCCAAGAAGACCAAACUCCAGUGGCAAUGUGCGAUCGAUGACUUCACCAAGCACACAGAGACCAACUACGCGCUUCCAAGCGCCGUCGUUCUGGGAGGCAUCAAGAACGGUCUCGCUGCCAUCGACGGAGCCACAACAAACGGGACAGACGCUGCCUCGACGACGCACGCAAGCGCGAUCGAUCUCGAUGCGACGAAGCGCGGCUUGGCACUGGCGCUUACGAUAAAGCUCUCGCCCGAGUGGACGAUGGGCUUUAGCUUUGAGAUGACGCCGAUCAAGGUCGAAGUCGUCGACAUCUUGGAAGCUCGCAUCCGGGACCUCGAAGAAGCCAAAGCUCCAUCGCGCAUGGAGUUUUGCACAUUGACGGCGCCAACAAUCGUCGGUACGAAAAGUGCGUGCACCUGGUCGGCGCCGACAGCAUCGACGCUUCUCCGCGUUGACGGAGACUCGGAAGUCGUCGUGUUGCAGUCCGGUUUGCACCACGUUCACUGCAGCCUCGCGUUGAACAGUGUUACAUCGACCACGAUCACCCUCAACAUCAACAACGUUCCCAUCAAGACAACCAGCUUCAGCAGCGAUGCCACGUAUCGGAGCAACACACUUGACCUGGUGCAUGUGACGUACCUGGAUGCUGGUGCGCGCAUUACGCUUUGCGCCAACGUGAACCGAGGCAGCGCGAAUGGGUCGAUGACUAUCAUUCUGCUCGAUCGCGGAACGGCGUAA